CUUUGGAGACAACAUUUCUUAAAACAGACUUUAUUCAACUUGAUCAUGGUCCUAUUUAAUCAGAACAACACAGUAGACACCACCCCUCUCUGUCUAAACUGCACUCACCAGACACCAACCACCAGUAUUUCCAAAACCAUCAUCAUUGGAGUUAUCUUUGGGGUUUUUAUCACCUUUGGUGUUCUUGGAAACAUCUUGGUCAUACUUUCAGUAGCCUGUCACCGGCAUCUACAAACUGCGACCCAUUAUUUUAUUGUUAACCUUGCUGUAGCAGAUCUACUUUUAAUGUCAAUGGUGCUUCCAUUCUCUGCCACUUUUGAGAUUCAAGGAUACUGGCUGUUUGGACGUAUUUUCUGCAACAUCUGGGCAGCUGUUGAUGUUCUUUGUUGUACAGCGUCCAUAAUGAGCUUAUGUGUCAUAUCUAUUGACCGCUACAUAGGGGUUAGUUAUCCAUUGAGAUACCCCAGCAUUAUGACUGAAAAGCGAGCUCUUCUUGCUCUACUGUGCGUGUGGGUCUUGUCACUCGUAAUCUCGAUUGGACCUUUAUUUGGCUGGAAGGAGCCUGCACCAGAAGAUGAGACAAUCUGUGAAAUCACAGAAGAACCAGGUUAUGCGCUCUUCUCAGCAUUUGGUUCCUUUUAUCUUCCCCUUACAAUUAUUCUUAUCAUGUACUUCAGGGUUUACAUUGUUGCCAAAAGGGAAGGCAAAGUUUUAACCCGCGGGAUGAAAUGUGAGAAAUCAGACUCUGAAGAGGUGACUUUGAGGAUUCACCGGAAGAGCACUCCUGAUAGCCUCAGCUCCAAUUCUAGCACAAAGCACAAAACACACUUCUCAGUACGACUUCUUAAAUUUUCCAGGGAAAAGAAAGCUGCAAAGACACUGGGAAUAGUAGUAGGAUGUUUUGUCCUGUGCUGGCUUCCUUUUUUUCUUGCUAUGCCUAUAGGCUCCCUCUACCCUCCAGCCAAACCUUCGGUAACAAUCUUCAAAAUCACGUUCUGGCUGGGUUAUUUUAACAGCUGCAUCAAUCCUGUUAUCUACCCAUGUUCCAGCCGUGAGUUCCGGAAGGCCUUCCAGAACAUUCUGCACGGCCGCUGCUCACAUCGGAGGCAGGCCUCAAGUAAGUACUCAUCAGGGUUCAUACUGAGCAGUCCGGUCCACCGCAGUCCAGACGAGCACAGAGAAGUGGUGAGGAUCCCGGUGGGUUCUGGAGAGACAUUCUACAAGAUCACAAAGUCUGAUGGAAUGUGCGAAUGGAAAUAUUUUUCUCCGGUCCCCAGCCCGUCCUCUCCCUAUGGAGAUCCAAAGGACUUUACAAACUGCUCGACGGCCAGAGUGAGCAGCAAGUCGAUUUUGCGGACCUGCUGUUGCAUUGGUACAGAGCCGCCACGUACGCACUAUAACAUCCCCACCAUUAAAAUACAUACUAUCUCUGUGAGUGAAAAUGGGGAGCCUGUCUAAGCUCGGGAGAUCAAGGCUGUGGACAUUUCACCUUGUACCCUCAGUCGUAUGGUUCAUGCAGAGCGCAAGUCACAUGACCAUACAUGACUGUUUGACCUGUCUGUGCAAGUUCCCAGGUUUGAUUCCAGCCAGCACCAUUACAUUCCAUUCUAUCUGAGCCUCGUUUUAUCGCUUGUUAAGGACUAACUGAGAACUAUUCCCUCCAACAUGUGGAACCUCAACUGAUGACUAUUGCUGCUAUAACAGCACCUUGGAUGUAAAUGCAUGAAUUGAAACAUUGCCUAAUAAGCCUCCAUGGUGCUAUGUAAAUGCAAAAUAAAAGGAAGAAGUGGGGAAU